GUAAGCACUACUACUUUGGCUUGCGUAUGUUGGUUGACGUUUGGCGAUCGGAGAAGACGGUGUGAUUAGUUAUGAUGGGGGACCGACGAGACUAUGACCAAGGAAGAAGGUCGAGUAGUGAAGACCGUGGUAGCCGCCACGGAUAUGACCGGAGAGACGACCGAGGAGGGGGGGACCGACAAUAUCGUCGCUCACCACCCCGGUGUUUCAGCUGCAAUGAACGUGGCCACUAUGCUAAUCAGUGCCCGAACCGCUGGCGAGCUCAGGAGGCUAAGGCGUCCACGUCUUACGACAUUAGUAGGGGCCGAUCAACGUCACCAAGGAGAGUCGAAGGCGAAGCGAAGAGCAAGGUGACGGAGAGGGAACCGGAAGUGCUUCGUCGUCAAAUUGAAGAACUGAACAAAAGCCUGGCCUCGGUGUCAGAAUUUGUGUUGGUGGAGAAGGCGAGGAAGGCGGAGGAAGAACGGUUGCGUUUGGAAGCUGAAGCAGAAGCUGAAAGAUUGGAGGCAGAACGGAAAGCUCAGGCUAAGAAGGAGCAGAAACGAUUGGAGAAAAAGAUGAAAGAGGAGCAGCAGGAUGCAGAGAUUGAUAAGAAAAUGGAAAUUCAGCUGGCCAUCAAGACGGGCGAUUUUUUCAACCGUAUGGAAGCUAGCCUUGGUCCUGUUUUGGAAUUUGUAAGCAAGGUCAAACCGGCUAAGCAACAUGUGCAUGUACCUGCUGACUCUGAUUACAAAAGUGACGACAACGCUACUAGCGACAUUCGUGCUCGUACGAAGAGCCUGACGAUCCACGAGAAGAGGAAGAGGGGACCUAAGGUGGGGUUUGAAGAUAGCCCACCUAUGACGACCCCUGCCAAGCGGACUCCAUGGCGAACUGAGUCGAAGAAGAAGCUUGCCAUUACUCCGGGACACGAGAUAUGGCGGAUUAUUGAGUUUGUGACGGACUACCGAGGUAAGCUAGAACAUAUCGACCGCGAUGCUGAGGAAGUGUUGAGGCUGUGCAUCCUGGUACUGAGCUGCCAGAGGGAGAUUAAGUGGAAUGAUGAGAACUCUGGUUUGAUCUCCCUCGAUGACGUUGUCAAAGUGAAGGAGUGCGAGGGGUUUGUUCUCACACCCAUGGAUCGAAACAUGGGGAAAACAUUGGUUAUGUGCCCAGGGAUGUACCAUAAGGCAAUGAUGGAAGCGUUUGUGUCGAGUCCUGGUUACCGGUUUGUCCAGGAUGAGGAGGGUGUGGUACUUGCGAGAGUGAGAUCUGAAAGCAACUCCUUGUCCACGUCAUCAACUUCAAGUUCGCGACACGUGGCACAUCCACCUUGCUUUGGCGGGAAAGCACCGAGGUACGCGGCCAAUGGCGGCGCGCAGUGCGGGGACACGUGGCACAUCCAGCUUCCGUUGGUAAGAACGCGUGGGAGCAGGCUAUGGCAGCUGCUGGCAGCUGCGAGAGCUACAAGCAGCCAGGCGUCUUCCUCCUCAGAGUCUUCCCUCACGACAGAAACGCCUGCCGAUGCACCAGCCACGCCCUCGGAAAUACCGAUACCGAUCUUUGAGCAAGGGGAUCUGGACCGCCCGAUGUGGGUAGGAGGAGAUCAACGGCUGGUGCAGGUCGUCGUCAAUGCUCUCUUCUCGAUCGAUCCGAUCUUCGAUGUCAUUCAAACGGCAGCCCGAGCGUCAGUAAUCCGCAAUGCGGAAAAUUUGGGGAUCCCAUGGCGUAAAUUGGCCGCCUCGUGGGAACAGGCAUUGACAGCUGUGUACGCGGAGAAGGAUCUGGUCGAGGACAGGUCCGUUAAGUACCCCUCCUAUUAUCUCAAACCCUUUCACGGAUACAAGGAGUCCAAUCUGUGUUGGAAGGCGGCGUUCGAAGUGGAAGCUGCAACCUUGCUCUUGUCGAAGAGGGCAUUAAGAACGCUGACUCCAGAGUCUUCAGCCGAAGAUUCAGCGAGACUUCUGCGAAAGUUCUGGCUCCUAGCUGUAAAGAAACACGUGGAACGGCACGGGCUCGGCGGACCGAUCACAGAUAUCCUCGACAUCGGUUGCUCCACUGGUAUCAGCUCAGAAUAUCUUGCAGAUUAUUUUCCAGAUGCACAAGUCACAGGCCUCGACGCCUCGCCCCACUUCUUGGCCGUUGCCACCUAUAAGCAAAAGCAGAAUCGAAAAAAUCAGCAUCUACUGAGCUUGACUUCUGCUGCUGCUGCUGCUGCUGCUGCUGCUGCUGCUGCUGCUGCUGCUGCUUCAGCCUCUGCUUCUGCUUCUGCUUCUGCUUCUGCUUCUGCUUCUGCUUCUGCUUCUGCUGAGGAGGAGGAGGAAGAGGAAGAGGAGGAGGAGGAGGAGGAGGAGGGAGGAAGUCAGAGAGAGUUGGGCAAAAAGCCCAUUCGCUGGGUUCAUGGGCUGGCAGAAGAGUGUGUCAAGAAAUUUGCCAGCGGGUCCUUUGACAUUGUGAGUCUGUGUUUUCUUAUUCAUGAGCUGCCCCUGCCCAUCACCAGGUUGAUUCUGCGGGAGGCGCGAAGGCUUCUCCGGCCAGGAGGGACCAUCGCGAUCGCCGAAACGUCGCCGAAAUCGAAGGCUGUGCAGGGCUUACCACAUCUUGCUGCCGUUUUUGUGAAGUCUACUGAGCCCUUCCUCGAUGAGUACCUACAGCUUGAUUUGGAGAAAGAGCUCAGAGAAGCAGGCUUCGCAAAUGUCCAAUCUGUGCUGAUCACCGCUCGGCAUGCGACAACCACUGCGACUGUUGUUUGAACUUUGAAGAAGGAUGACUCUGAAAUGAAAUGAGGAUUAAAUG